AUGUCUGGGUCAUUUUUAUCAGAUUUUUUAGUAGGAAGCAUAAGUGCUAGUAUUGGAAAAACUGCUGUAGCACCAUUAGAAAGAGUUAAGCUAUUAUUACAAUUACAGCAUGCAAGUACUCAAAUGGACCCAGACAAACAUUAUAAAGGAAUUACAGAUUGUUUUAAAAGGGUUUACCAUGAACAAGGAUUUUUAUCAUUUUGGCGUUAUGUACAUAAAAUGGCCAGAGGCGAGCGACUCGUCCCUCCGUGGCGGGUGUACUUAUGUAUACCGGACGUGGUUUUUGGGUGUGAAGAGCUGCUCAAGGGAAGGGUUAGUCUCGAGGCGAGAGGCCCAGCACAGUUUCCGCUGAUUUUAUGGCCUGACCAGGCAGUUUUUCGUAUUCUUUUUUUCCAGUAUCGCCGAGGCCCAGACUCAGUAUCCGAAAGAGGCAGGGUGAAUUACUUGCCUAGGCUUCUCCCCGAAUCCCUCAAGGGGUUGAGUUCUUUCUCGGAGAUAAUCCGGAAAAGAGGGGAAGGCGAAGGCGCAAGUCUCUCCAGUCUAAAAGGGGUCACGAAAAGGGGCGAUCUGGCCGAGUUACGCAGGAUUGGGUAAUGCUGGCGCUUGAGUUGGAAAUCGUGGUUCCGGCAAAAUCCGUAUCAGGAGGGAAAAUUACAACUACCGAGAAGCCGGGGUUUCAGCCUGGGCUCAAUUUGCCUUGAGGGAGUCCACCCCAUAGUGACUUCGUCGCUGCAGAACGCACAGUGCUUAGGAAGUGGAGACUAUAAUGCCAGUCGUUAAUCUAAUCUAAUCAUUUUGACGUGGAAAUCUUGCUAAUGUUCUGAGGUAUUUCCCUACCCAAGCAUUUAAUUUUGCAAUUAAAGACUUUUUGAAUAAACACUUUAACAAAUAUAGCAAAAAAGAAAAUUUUAGGAAAUUUAUGUUCGCUAAUAUAUUGUCUGGAGGGCUUGCUGGGACUGCUUCAUUGCUUGUAGGAUAUCCAUUAGACUUCAUCCGCACAAGACUUGCGGUAGAUAUAGGGAAAAUCUCACAGGAAAGAGAGUUCAAAAGCUUAACAGACUGUGCAUUAAAGAUAAUAAAACAUGAUGGAAUCCUUGGGCUUUAUAAAGGAACAUUAAUUUCUAUUCCUAUAUUUUUUAUUUAUAGAGGUUUAUAUUUUGGGUUAUAUGAUACUUAUAAAGAUUCUAUCCCAGAAGGGCGUUUUGAUGUUUUAAUUAAAUUUGCAUUGGCUCAAUCAGUAACUAUAUUCGCUGGACUUUUUGUAUACCCAUUAGAUACUGUGAGAAGAAGAUUAAUGAUGCAAGCUGGAAGGAAAGAUGUUAUUUAUCAAAAUACAUUGGAUUGCGUUAAAAAGAUCUAUGCUAAUGAAGGUGGGAGUAAAGCAUUUUUUAAAGGAGCUUUAGCAAACUUAAUAAGAAGUGCUGGAGGAGCAUUAAUUUUGGUAUUUUAUGAUUCAAUUAAUGAGACACUGUUUGGAGUUAAGAAACAUAAUAAACAUUAA